AGGGGAGUAUAGGCUGUGUUGUCAGCCUGGUGUCAGUCUGAUGAAGAUUGGCAUUCAGACUGUCUGGAGGGCAGUGCGCCGUUGGACCGACUCCAACAUCAGAUGCUCCAAUGCUGAGAACAAGCAAACUGGUAUCCAUGUGAAGCUAUCCCAUGAUGCAACAUGUGUCCCCAGCACCAGCAUUGACCAUGAUGGCCACACAGAGCGUCCCACCACCAUCGUACCAGGAGAGCCAACAGAUGACAGGCACUACGCAACAAAACUCGAAGGCCCAGCAUGUCCACCUCUCUGCAGGCUCAGCGGCUGGGGCCGCCCCGGUCAGCGUGACGCUCGACCCUCAAGCCCAACUGGAGUCAGACAAACGAGCCGUUUACAGACAUCCUCUUUUCCCUCUUCUGGCGUUGCUGUUUGAGAAGUGUGAGCAAGCAACACAGGGCUCAGAAUGCAUCACCUCCGCCAGCUUUGACGUCGACAUCGAGAACUUCGUCCACCAGCAAGAGCAGGACCACAAGCCUUUCUUCAGUGAGGACCCUGAACUAGACAACCUGAUGGUGAAGGCGAUCCAGGUGUUGCGGAUCCACCUGCUGGAGCUGGAGAAGGUGAACGAGCUCUGUAAAGACUUCUGCAACCGUUACAUCACCUGCCUCAAGACCAAGAUGCACAGUGACAAUCUGCUACGGAACGACCUGGGCGGCCCGUAUUCACCAUCACAGACCAACCUCGGUCUGCAGCAGGACCUGCUUCACAACUCAUCCCCAUCCCUCACCUCUGUCUCCAGCACGAUAAACCCCUCUGGGAUCGUAGUCCCUGCCGGAUCGCUGCAACAGAACAACGUUGCCAUGACCACUAUCAACUCUCAGGUGGUCUCAGGUGGGACGCUGUAUCAACCGGUGGCAAUGCUUACCUCACAGGGGCAGGUGUUAACCCAGGGCUUACCACAGGGAACCAUCCAAAUCCAAAACAAUCAGGUGAACCUGGACUUGUCCUCACUCUUGGACGCCGAUGACAAGAAAUCAAAAAACAAACGAGGUGUCCUUCCUAAACAUGCCACAAACAUUAUGCGUUCCUGGCUCUUCCAGCAUCUCAUGCAUCCUUAUCCUACAGAAGAUGAGAAAAGACAGAUCGCAGCACAAACAAAUCUUACCUUAUUACAGGUGAACAACUGGUUUAUCAAUGCCCGCAGGCGUAUACUGCAACCCAUGUUGGAUGCCAGUAAUCCUGACCCUGCCCCCAAAGCCAAGAAGAUGAAAUCUCAGCACAGACCCACACAGCGCUUCUGGCCCGACUCCAUUGUAGCUGGAGUCCUGCAGACACACGGAUCCCACUCAGCAAACAAUUCAGACAAUUCUCUGGGCAUGGACGGCCUGCAGCCUCUGUCCUCUGAUUCCGCCACACUGGCGAUGCAGCAAGCCAUGCUGGGAGGAACUGACGACUCCAUGGACGGCACAGAAGAGGACGACGAAGACGAGGAGGAAGAAGAGGGAAUCGAUGAGGAGGACGAUGAAGAAGAGGAUGAAGAAAGCGAGGGAGGCAGACAGAUGGUUCGGAGAGAUCUGGGCCUCAACCACAACGAAGGACUCGAAUAUUUUGCUUUUCUGUUGUCGUCCACAGUUGGCAGGAUGUCUAUCGCCAACACGGCCGCCCAAGCGAUGCUCUCUGAUGCCCUGCUGAGGGAUAGUAAUGGGGACAGUCGCAUCCGACACCUAGAGCUGGAUUUGCCAUUGGAUAAAGUCAUCAAGUUCAUUUCUGUGGGCCUGCCGCUCCUUCUGGUGUCCAUGGCUUUUGCCAGAGAGAUUUCUAUCGGCCCACAGAUUAGCUGCUUUCCUCCCAACAACUUCACAAUAAAGCAGGCAGCAUAUGUGGAUACGUACUGCUGGGACUCUCUCAUGCACCAUGAGUUUGACACAGAUGGGAACUUUGAAGAACGUUCACUGUGGGUACAUAAAAUGUUUCCGUACUCCUUAUUGGUCAUGUCUAUGAUGAUGUACCUGCCAGCUGUGAUCUGGCGGUAUCUAGCCGUGCCCAGUCUGACCUCUGACCUGUUUUUCAUCAUCGACGAACUGGACAAGUCUUACAACCGCUCUGUCCGCCUGGCCCAAAGCAUCCUGGACCUAAAAGUACAAUCAGAAAACCCACUGCAGUUUCAGGCUGAGCUUGAGAGAGCCAAGCGCAAGCGGUACUUUGAGUACCCCCUGCUGGAGAGAUACAUGCAGUGCAAGCAUGGCUCCUACUUCCUGGUCAGCAUGCUCUUCCUGCGAGGCUUCCUGCUCCUGACCUUCAUGUCCGCCUCGUGCCUGUACCUAAUCUACUUCCACCUCUCCGCCUUUCUGCAAGAUGAAUUCAGUUGCUACGUGCGCACCGGCCUCCUCCGUGACCAGCCCUGGGUGCCUGAGCUAGUUCAGUGUAAAAUGACUGGCCUACUUGUGUUCCAGGUCAUUAGCGUAGCUAACGGUGCCGUGUAUGUGCUGCUAGCUCCUAUUGUUCUCUUUAGCCUGCUGCGUUUGUUCUGCUGGGACACAACCUUCCUCUCGCUUUACGAGGUGCUGCCCGGAUUGGGGCUCAUGAGCGGUCAGAAACUGGGCUGCCCACUGAAUGAUCUCAACGUGCUGCUCCUCUUUCUGCGCGCCAACGUAGCACAGCUGCAGUCGUACGGACGCCUGAGGGCUGUGUGCUCCCUCGCGCCUCCUCGGUUAAAGGGGUCUAAGGGUGGGCUGACAGAGGAGCAGGCGGAAGAAGCGGCAGAGGCCAGAGAGGAGCUCGAGGAGGAGAUGAGAGAGGCCAGAGAGGAGGGAAAGCUCAAUCUUGUAGACAUCAUGACUGUGCUGGGAGCAGCCAGAGGAAACGCAGUGAACUGUCCCGAGCAGCGCCCUCUUGUGGAACAAGACAUGACGCUUGGUACAGUCACUCUCAUCUAUAUACUUAAACGCAUCGUGCUCGUUGGCAUUUUCGUGGCCGUCAUAUGGGACGUUCAGAAAUUCAUCAAAGUGACAUAAAUAUGUUAUUUAGGGUGUUAGACACCGAAC